AAUUUUCUGUGUUAUUCUCUCAACUUUUGCGAAAACCUAAUGAGAACAACAUUUUGGAUAGAUCGAUAGAUUGACAAAGCUUUGCUAAAAAAAGGAGAUCCACAGAGAAAAAUCAAUGGCGAGAGGAAAGAUCCAGAUAAAGAAGAUAGAGAACUCGACGAACAGGCAGGUAACGUAUUCCAAGAGGAGGAAUGGAUUGUUUAAGAAGGCGAGUGAACUCACUGUGUUGUGUGACGCAAAGGUGUCGAUUAUCAUGGUCUCCUGUACUGAUAAGCUUCACGAAUACAUCAGUCCUUCUAUUACGAUGAAACAGUUCUUCGAUCAGUAUCAGAAGGCAUCAGGAAUCGAUCUCUGGAACUCCCACUAUCAGAAAAUGCAAGAGGAACUGAGACAACAAAAAGAGGUGAACAGAAAUCUUAGGAAACAAAUUAGACAAAGAUUGGGUGAUUGCUUGGAAGAUCUAGGGUUUGAAGAGUUGUUCGCACUCGAAAAAGAUUCACAGGAGGCUGUGUACAUUAUUCGUGAGCGCAAGCUCAAAGUUAUUGGCAAUAAAGUGGAGACUUCUAAGAAGAAGGUGAGGAGCGCCCAAGAUGUAUACAAAAAGCUGAUGCAUGAAUUCGAUAUAAGAGGAGAGGAUCCACAAUACGGGAUGAUAGAGGAUGGAAGAGAUUACGAAAACAUAUAUGCAUACCCUCAGAUGGGUGCACCACACAUGCUGACUCUCCGGUUGCAGCCGGACCAUCAAAACAAUCUUCAUGUUGUGACAGCUGGAACCACAGCAUCCGAUCUCACCACCUAUGGCUUGCUUGGCUAGAACCAUUAUGUACGUACCACUGAUGAACAAAUUGAAUUUCAAGACAAUUCAAUUGUGUCACAACUUGUUAUUUCUUGUUCAUAAGGGUUUGCCUCGAGUUUGGUUGGCAA